AUGCCAGCCUUCAAUCGUAAUGAGCGUCGGAAAUCUAUGGCAGAACGCCGUCCCAGCGCAUCGUACGCACCGCUGAAGAUUCCUCAUUUGACAGGCUUGGAGAAGCCCAACGAGCACUCGUUGAAGGUGGACCACUGUGAUAUUUUGAUACUUGGCACAGGCCUCGUGGAGUCCAUCUUGGCGGCGUCGUUAGCCUGGCAAGGUGUAGAGGUGCUCCACAUCGACCACAACAACUACUAUGGAGACUCGUCUUCCACCUUGACUAUUGACCAGCUCAAAAAGUGGUGCGUGGAAGUAAACCAGGGUAAAAUCCGUCACUUUCUGGACGCCCAGAUCUACAUCCCGGGCGGAAAGCGCACAAACGAGUAUAACUCGAAGGACUAUGGCGUGGACUUGAGCCCCAAAAUCAUGUUCUCGCAGCUGGAUCUAUUGGCGCUUUUGGUCAAGUCAAGAGUGUACAAGUACUUGGAGUUCCAGAGUUUGCUGAAUUUCCAUGUCUUCGAGAACGACGACUUCAAGAGUAAUAUAUCAAACACCACAAAGGAGCAUAUCUUCACCGACCAGCUGUUGUCGCUUACCACGAAAAGAUCUUUAAUGAAGUUCCUCAAGUUUGUUCUUCAGGACAACAACGACCCUGCAAAAAAGCAGGUUUUGUUGGAGAACUCUAAGACUCCAAUCGAAGACUUUUUGGCAAACACUUUCGGUUUGAAGCUGCCUCAGCUGGAUGAGCUCAUUUACUCUAUCGGCCUCGCCAAUAGGAGCCAAACAAGAACCCCUGAGGCAAUCGCUCGUAUAAAGAGAUUUUUGGUUUCCUUCGAUGUCUACGGUAGCUUUCCAGUGAUGAUGUCCAAGUACGGUGGACCUGGGGAAAUCUCUCAGGGUUUCUGUAGAAGCGCCGCAGUGGCAGGAACCACAUACAAGCUUGACACUUCGCUCGUUGACUUUGAUCCCGAGCUGAAAAUUGCAAAGUUCAGUGAUGGGUCACUGGUGAAGAUUAACGAGAAAAUCGUGGCAGCGCCAACUCAGGUGCCCAAGUUUUUGGCCACCUCAUACAAAGAAGCUGGCGAGAAGUUGCAUCCAUUCACGGUUACACGGCUCACCACCGUUGUCAGGAAGGAUUGCAAGGAGUGGAUAGCGGAGAAUGAGUCUUCCGCCGUGGUUGUAUUUCCACCAAACUCUUUGCCGACUCACAAUGUCCACACAGUACAGGUUGUGAUCCAGAACGGCGGAUCGGGUGUGUGUCCUCAGGGACAGUCCAUUUGGUACUCUCACACAUGUGAGCAAAACGCUGAAAAGGCCAAGAAGGAUUUGGAAAGAGCGUUUGAAAAGAUGGAGAAUGCCAUCUUGAGAGAGAGUGCCACCAACCUUGAGGAUUUGCUCGAUAAGAAAGACUUUGUUGUCAAUGACAGGGGAACGCCAAUGUUGGUAAACUCAUUUAAGCUUGGUGAGUCAUUGCAAAGCUUCGUGCCAAAGGAGACCUUGGAUAUCGUCUGCAAGUUUGGCUAUGUCCAAACUACCUACAUCAAUCCUGAUCUUUCGAACGUCUUAUCGUCUACAGGGGCCGCCAGCAACAUUGCGCAAGCUACUGUCUCUGACACCGAGGACAUCAUGUUCCUGAACAUGCCAUCUUCAGAGAUAAGCUACGAUGGUAUCAUAAGCGAGGUGAAGAUGUUGUACAAGAGAAUCACUGGCAGCGAUGAGGACUUCUUUGAUGUUGACUUCGAAGACGAAGAUGAAGAAUUCGAGAGAGCAGCAGCGGCGGCAGCAUCGAACUCUGCUGUCACCGACAGUGAGCUGGACAUCAACGGCGACCUGGACUUGGACUCUGUACACCACGAGCCUUUUGGUGCUGGAGCGAUGGAAUUAUAG